AUGAGGGGCUUGCUGGUGUCCCGCUCCAGAGCCCUCCUCCGAUCCUUCAGCUCCAGCAGCAGAAGCUUCUUUGAAAACAAAGUAGCAGAGAAACAGAAACUCUUUCAGGAAGACAAUGACCUCCCAGUUUACCUGAAGGGUGGGGCCACAGAUAGAAUACUAUUCGGCCUAACAAUGGCAAUGUCCGUAAUAGGAACUGGCUACUGUCUCUUUUUUUUGACCUGGGUCUCCUUUCCCCAUAAGAAGAAGGAGUAA